AUGUCUUUUCCAAGAAUUUCAAUUGAAAAUUUGUGGGAAAACUUAACGGAAAGGACUAAUAAAUGGGGUCAGAUAAGGGAAAAUGAACAUGGAAUCAAAAGACUUGCCUUAUCUUAUGAAGAUCAAAUGGUAAGAGAUUGGUUUGUGAAUGAGUGCAUCACGUUGGGUUGUGAAGUAAUUAUUGAUCAAAUUGGUAAUAUUUUUGCUAUUUACAGAGAUGUGGAAGCUCCAUCUUUGGCACCGAUUGGUGUUGGAAGUCACCUCGAUACUCAACCAACCGGUGGAAGGUUCGAUGGGAUAUUGGGUGUCUUGGCUUCACUUGAAAUUUUAAGGACAAUUAAAUUUUCUGGUUAUAAACCUUACCACCCAAUUGCUGCUAUUGAUUGGACAAAUGAAGAAGGUGCAAGAUUCCCUAGGAUGUGCAUGGGAUCGGGUGUAUGGAGUAAUCAAAUUUUGCUUGAAGAAGCCUUAUCUACAAGAGAUAAAGAACAAAUCUCUGCUGAAGAGGCACUUCAAAGAAUUGGUUAUGAAGGCGAUGUUCCUGCUGACUACAGAGUGAACAAACUUGCUGCUCACUUCGAACUACACAUAGAACAGGGACCAAAGCUUGAAGAUAAGUUAACUCUGGUAGGGGCAUGUGAUGAUGCUGCAAUAGGUGUUGUUGAAGGCGUGCAGGCAAUGCGGUGGUAUGAGAUUUGUAUAAAAGGCAAGGAAGGACACGCAGGAACCCUCAGUAUGGACAAGAGAGCAGAUGCUUUAGUUGCAGCAUCUAAACUUGUUUUGCUCAUAGAUCAUGAAUCUAAAGCUAUUGGUGCAGUAGCCACAGUAGGGAGGCUAGUUCCUAAAACGAGAGCCCCUAAUACAAUUGUCGGUGAAGUCAAUCUAGUUUUUGAUUGCCGAGCUAAGGUAGAGGCGCAGUUAGAUUACAUUGCAAGAAAAGUCCGAGAACAAAUCAAUGUUUUCGAAGUCAUGGGCUAUAAUAUAACACUCCAAAAAAUAUGGGGUCAUAAUUCAGUUUCAUUUAAUGAGGAAUGUAUAAGAAUAGUGGAGGAAGUCUGUGCGGACAAAAUAGAUUUGCCAACACUGAAAAUGUACAGCGCAGCUGGUCACGAUAGUGCAAUGACAGCAAAUGUUGCCCCUACAUCUAUGAUUUUUGUCCCUUCAAGAGGAGGUGUGUCUCAUAAUCCUGAGGAAUUCACUUCCAGAUGCCAAUGCGAGACAGGGGCUCAAAUUUUACUCGAAACUGUACUUCGUUUCGACCAGAACCUAAAAAUGCGCUAUAAACAAGGUCGAGUAUAG